AUGGCUUCAGCCGAUGAACGUAAUUCGAGGACCAUUCACACGGCAGCGUGCUUGAUCAUCGGCGAUGAGGUCCUCGGCGGCAAGGUGCGACUGUUGCGCGCGGCCUCUGCGAAGCGAAUGUGCUGA